AUGCAUGCAUUCAAUUGUUAUUCGAAUUUUUUUUUUCAUUUAAAUAAACAAAAAAAAAUAUUGGAAAAACCAUUUACGAAAUCUUUUAUUGUCAGACAAAUGGUAUGGAAAUUAUUAUCGCGACAACAAUCAUGGAUAACUAUGAUAAAUUUGUUCAAAAUUUCAUCUAUCCGACUGCAUUAUGAUCAUCGAAUUUUAUCCGGUAUUCAACCGACCGGUUCAAUUCAUUUGGGUAAUUAUUUUGGUGCCAUAAAACAAUGGAUCGAUCUACAACAACCACAACCAUUACCUUCUUUGAUUGUACAAGAAAAACAAACGAAUGAUGAUAGUAAUGAAUAUAAGCCAAAAUAUUUACCGCCAAUAUUUCAAAUUGUCGAUCUACAUUCUUUGACAAUGUCAAAUGAUCCGGAUAAAUUGCGACAUAACAUAUUUGAAAUUACGGCCGUACUUAUUGGAUGCGGUAUUGAUCCAAAUUGUUGUUUAAUCUUCAAACAAUCUUCUAUUCCUUAUCAUGGAUAUCUAUGUUGGAUUCUUACAACGUUGACUACAUUGCCACAAUUACAUCGUUUUCCACAAUUCAAAGAAAAAAGUGCCAGCUUCAAAGAUCCACCAACUGGCCUGUUUCUUUAUCCAGUGUUACAAACGGCCGACAUUCUUUUGUAUAAAGGGACACAUAUACCAGUCGGUGAUGAUCAAUUGGCUCAUAUCAAUCUAACAAAACAUAUAAGCGCCAAAUUCAAUAAUACGUUCAAACGAAAAGUUUUCCCUAUUCCAGUGGAACUCAUAUCAAAAAGUGGUGCUGGACGUAUCAAAAGUUUAAGAGCACCUGAACAAAAAAUGUCCAAAUCUGAGUUGGAUACUAAAUCUCGUAUUGAUCUAACUGAUACAUCGGACGAUAUUGUUAGAAAAAUCCGUAAAUCUGUCACAGAUAUGAAAUCCGAAGUAACAUAUGAUCCUGAAAAUAGACCCGGUGUCUCUAAUCUUGUACAGAUUUAUUCUUUAAUUAGUGAUAUGAACAUUGAACAAGUAUGUCAACAUUUCGAUGGAAAAUCAACAUUUGAAUUUAAAAUUGAACUUGGUGAUCGAUUAGCCGAAUACCUAAGGCCAAUACGAACACGAAUUAUGGAUUAUAGAAACAAUCGUGAUCAUCUAGAAAUGGUGCUCAAAGAUGGCAGCUCAAAAGCUAUUGAAAUAGCUGAAAAAACUAUUGACGAAGUGAAACAAAUUAUCGGAUUAUAGAUUUUUCUUCAUCAUAAGAAGAAAAAACUGAUUGAUAUUUUCAUCAUCAUUUUUUUUAAUGUACGAGGAAAACUGUCGUUAAUCUAAUCCAUUGUUUUUUUUAUUAUUAUUCGAGAUUAUGCACCAAAAACGUGGCAUUAUCUUUGAAAAAAAAGGGAUAUCCACCAUUCAACCUUUUUAUAUAUAUAUGUUCAUAUAUUCAAAUUAUUUGCCAUGUAUGUUUUUUUGAUAAAACAAAACAAAAAAAAAUUCCAAACAAAAAGGAAAUGACAUUGAUCUGAAAUAGCAUUGGCCACCAUUUAGAAAGUGCAUACACAUUUUUAUAA